CAAGGUCAUCCUGUAGUAAAAACUUCUGUCCCAAGAUUAAGGGGGUUGUGAGUUAGAUUGUUAUUAUAGUGAAAAGAGGGCGGUUUUUCCAAAUCUACAAACGUUAAUGUUGGACGUUAUAGCGUCUGCGCGUCUGACGUCACCAUAUUGAUUUCGCUUUGGUCUCACACGACCCGUAGUCGGGCAUCGAUUCGGUACAUAGCGCUAAAGGGAUUGACAGAAACACUUUGGUACGUGCAAUAAGUGAUCCUGCAGAAAGUGUUCAGCUAAAGCUGGUCGCGCUGCAGAGCAAAAAAUAAAAUAAACUAUAAUAAAAACUAAAAACGGUAGUGUUAAAAUCAUGCAGAAUUAUGGUCACGAAGAUUACAACUAUGAAAGUGGGGCUGGACAAGACGGCAGUGGUCGAACUUUACCAUCGGUACCAGGGCAACCGGGAAUUCCUGGCGUUCCUGGAGCAAGGCCUAUGGUAGAUCCUUCGGCCCAAGGUGAAGUGGAUCCAAAUGCAUAUCCUCAACCUAAGGAAGCCACUCAUAAAAUCCGAGGCAAAAGUGAUAUCCUCGAGUAUCUCUUCGGAGCUGUAGACCAGGAGCUCCUUACCGUGAAGACCUUCUAUUUUGUCUUCUACGCAGCCUUUGGAUCUCUUUUUCCGUUGAUGGGGGUGUAUUUCAAACAGAUGGGAAUGAACGCUGGUCAGUGUGGACUCUUGAUGGGGUCCAGACCGUUUAUAGAGUUUCUUAGCGCACCGUUUUGGGGAUCUCUCGCUGACAGAUGGCAAAAGGGAAAAAUGAUUCUUCUGGCAUCGCUUUCUUGCUGGAUAGUUUUCACCCUCCCUCUGGGUUUUAUUCAACCACCAGCUACGUCGUGUAUGACGCGAGAAAACAAUACUUUAUAUUUGAGGAUCCCCGAGCCGGAUACCCGAAUCGGAAAGCGUUCAAUAAACAUGCAAAGCUACUAUCUACCCGACGAUGACAUGACGGAUUUAGAGGUAGCGGAGAACGUCGUUUUCGAAAGGAUCCGUCGAAAUGUAGAUGACGAAGAGCCCGAUCGUUCGGAUUACACCAACGUGAAACGCGCGCUGCAGAGUUAUAAUUAUGAAAAUAAUGAAGUUGACGAGCUCAUGAGCCCCUAUGACCUCCAAGGAAACAGGGUUAAGCGUGAAGCUCCUGUUGACGUUGGGGAUGCUGUAAUGGAAGACCUCGAAUAUAAACAAUUUAUAGAAAAUUCUGAACUUCAAGAUCCAACCGCUCAAGUUGUCGAUCUGAAGAGUUUGGAGCGGAAAAACAGACCCGCUGAUGUUCUGGAGUACAAGAGAUUUUUAAAGAAUGAGCCUUCCGACGACACCAGACCUCCGAAGAAGGCCUACACGAAAACAAAGACGCAUGUUAAAUCUCCACGGGAAAAGGUGAUGAUGAAGAGAAAUAUCAUCACCACGGAGUCGGAGCUUUUACGACACCACAAGUACAAAAAACUUUCUAAACGCGCCAUAUCUCGAGAUAUCGUUGCAUCGCAAAAUGAACUCCUUGGGAUAAAUGUGAAUGGCUUAAGAAAGCUGAUGUUCGUCGAAGAUCAGGAACAGGACCUUUCUCCUAAAGUGCGCAAUCGACGAGCAGCAAAGGGGCUAGUUUCGGCCGGCCAGAGUCCUUUGGCUGUCAACAACGCUGCAAAUUAUAAGGAACCGGAACACAAGCAAUGGGUAAAACCAAUGUUCAGUUCCAUCGUAUACAGACUUCCGGAUAUUCAGAAAACGUUCUUCCUGCUACUUCUUCUCGUGAUCGUAGGUGAAUUUUUCUCCGCACCUGCAAUUACUCUUGCCGAUUCCGCGGUCAUAACUCUUCUCGGGGAGGAUGCCGACAGGUACGGACAUCAGCGCAUGUUCGGCAGCCUCGGCUGGGGACUGGCUAUGUUUUUUGUGGGAAUCGCGCUGGACCACAGUACCGCUUUUCCCGAUCAUCCAUGUGAUCCGGAUCCUAGAGAAAAGAACUACACCAUUUGCUUCGCCACAUUCAGCGUGCUGAUGGGCGCUGCGUUGAUAACUGCCACUCAGAUAAACUUCAAGUACGAUUUCGUCGCCACGGAACCAGAAGUUGCAAAGACGACCGCUGAACCAACUAGAGAAGAACAACUCCAGAGUCAAUUGUCGCAGCAGCUUAAUCUUCCAGGACUCCAGGAUUCUUCCGUUGAUCCCAGACCUCAGCCACCAGAAGGCAAGACUAAAAUGUUCGCACAAACUACGAGGGAGAUUCCAGAAUGGGUGACUGUUCUCAACCAGUUCAAAGACCUGAAGUGUGCUUCGUUUUUAUUCGUCGCCUGGUUCAUGGGAUUCGGCAUAGGCCUGAUUUUUACCUUCCUCUUCUGGCAUUUGCAAGAUUACGGUGGAAGUCCAACCCUCUUCGGAGUGGCUUCAGUAAUAAAUCACAUAUCCGAGAUCUUCGCUUACUUUUUCAGCUUUAAAUUGAUCCGUCAAUUUGGGCACGUUAAGGUUCUCUGUCUCGGUCUCUUGGGUAACAUCGUUCGUUUCUUGUACAUUUCGGUAUUGAAAAAUCCCUGGUGGGUUUUACCCUUCGAGUUUGUUCAGGGGAUAACACACGCCGCCGUUUGGGCCGCAUGUUGUAGUUACAUUGCCCACAACACGCCACCUCAGUUAAGAUCAAGUGCGCAGGGAGUUCUCCAGGGUCUUCAUCACGGACUGGGUAGAGGAUGUGGCGCAGUUAUCGGUGGAUUGUUCGUAGCAAGCUACGGCACCACCGCAACCUUCCGAGCGUAUGGUUUAGUUUGCAUCGUCGUUUUGGCCGCGUUCAUCUUCAUAAAUUUCUAUCGCAAGGACACCGGAAGAUUCGUAUCGGAUUUACCUCAGGCCGAAGAUCCUCAUCAGGUUGCUGAAGCGACGCACUUGGCUCCUCACGGUGUUCCUAGCAACGCAAUACCCAGAGCGCUAAGUUCUAGCCGAUUGCACGAACUUGCAGGCCAGGAUCCGGGGUAUGGAGCAACUUAUCAAACGUCUGGAGGAAAUCUAGACAUUCCCGGAGGAAACGGAGGCAAUGUUAACCCGACGAAUCCAUUCCUGAACGGAGGAGGAGGAGGAGGAGGUGGAGGUGGUGGUGGUGGUGGUGGUGGUAAUUACAACUAUGGAGUGACGGGAAAAGGGGAGGAUGAAUUUAUUCGUAGGAGCUUCCAGAUUUACAGUGAGGUGGUGAACGGGGAAUAUGACCUAGGGAAAGUACCCGAAACAUAUCUGCACGCCCAACAACCGUGCACUAAUCCGUUUCAUCAACACGACUACGAAUGGUAACCCUGAUAAUAAUAAUAAGCUACGUCAUAAAGAUAAACCGUCUUGUCAGCCGAAUACAUACUUGCAUUGAUAAAUGUGAAUAAAAUGUCGCUCGCUUAUUUUGAGAACAACUUAACAUAAUUAUGUACAGAGAAACGUACACGUGACAUUAAUGUUUUCAUGUUAUUUUGUGAUUUGAAAUUUUCAUCGACUCAAUACUAUGUAAGUUGUUUCGGAUAAGCAAGCGUUGAGAUCGCAAUAUCAUAGAUCAAAUAGUAUAAAGAGAGAAGAAAAAAGAAAAGAUGAAGAGAAAAGAAAAAUAUAAAAAUUGAUGGGUAAUUUGUUUAGGUUUAGACAUAAGUCCGUUGAGUAAAUAUCUAGAACCUCAUCAAAUCCGAGAUCAAAUCUCUAAAUAUGUGCGCGCAUUAUGGGGGAACAUCAGUUACUUGUAUCGCUGUAUCAAAAAGGCUGCGAAAAUCGAUCGUUGAUAAUUAUUCGGUGUAGAAUUUGCUAUAUUGUCAAAAAAAAUCUCAUCUAAAAACCACGGCAAUUAUUUGUUGAGUGCGAGACGCGCAUAGUCAUUUCAACAAUCUUAUAAUAUACAGGGGAGUGUCGUUUAUUUAUUUAUUUUCUCAAAUUAUCCAAUAUUUGAACUGUGUAAAAAUAAUCUAAAAAUCGCAAGCCUUCCUUGUAUGAAAAUCUCCUGAUUCAAUUCAUAGCUUGAAACUUUUAUCGAAAUAUGGAACCUUAAUCAUCCGUUGAUUCACCUGUAGGUCUAAAAAAUAAAUAAUUAAAUACAAAUAAAAUAUGUUAACAUGGAUAUGGGAAAAGUAAACUUUCAUCACAUUCCAUUAUUAUUACACUGUUGUGGUGUUUUAUUCAAACUGGUUUCAACAAACGAAUAAUAUGUACCUAUUGAACGUGCGAAUAUCUGUAAAUACAGCUACGAAGAAUUAUACUUGACACGUCGUGAGAAAAUUUAAUUAUUAUGCUGACACGUUUUAAUAAAUGUUUCGUGGCAAGUAAUUUUUUUUUAAUUUUGAAGUUGUAUCAAUUGUCUCGUAUUUUUUCUUCCGAUUUUUCUCCUGAUAUUAUACACACGUGUCUCGUAUUACUCUGCAUAAUUGUUGUACAUUUUGACUAUCUAACGGUGUGUUGUACAUAUCCUUGUGAAGUUGUUAAAAUAUUAUUAGCGUUAUCAUUCUUCAUUAUUAUAUGAUUUAUAAAUUCUUCAAACUUGUUGUGAAUAAAUUAGUAAGUCCUACAAAUAGUUACAUAUGCAUUGAUAUUUUACUAUAGGUAUACAUACAUAUAUUAUGUAGUAAAGGACAAUUAUCACCAUACGCAUGUUAUUCAAUAUCAUAUGAGGCAAAAUUUUUUUUUUCAAAAUAUAGAAGGUAACCGAAUAUUGAAAACAAACUCAUUUUUUCGGUAAAAUAGGGACAGUUUUAGUUUGGUAUGGGUAAUUAUUUUAUUUCAUUUUUAAUACGUGUCUUACCAUCGAGAAAGUUUUAAUCGAUUUUAAUACUGCAGCGUAUAAUUAUUAGAAUUCGAAAAAUGAAUUCAUUAUUUCAGGCCAUCAUUGAAACGAUCGAUUUUGCCUUGAGGCACAAGAAAGUUAAUGUUUAACUGAAAUUAGAUGUUAAGUAUUUAAGAUAAUUUAGAAGGUAUACAUAAUAAUGACAUACAAGAAAUAAUUAUGCGUGUAAGAUUGAAUAUAAGUAUGCCACAAUGUUACGUAUAUUUGUUAUAUCAUAAUAAGUUAAAAUACCCUUAUCCAAAAUAUAGUUUCCUUUUACAAUUGCGUAUUCUAUUCUUAAUUAAAAUUUAUCUAUGCUCGAAUUACUUUUCACCGGUAUUAAAUUUUAUUUUUUCUAUCGAUGACACACAUCGUGUUUUGCUCGAAAAUAUAUUGAUGCUCUUUGAAGUUAUUUCUUGAAUUAUACAAUAAAAACGCGAAUGGUGAAAGAUAAAUUGUAUAAUAUUUGACCGUGAGUCAAGUAACAAGCUAUUAAAAUAAUUAGAUGAUACGAUUUAGGUCUAUAGCUCGUUGUUCGGUGUGAAAAAGGAAUGAGAAAAACAAAAGAUGAAAGAAGAAAACAAUGG